UAACACCGCCGCGACCGGGACAUAACGCCGCCGACCAGAAUCGUCCCCCCCCCCCCCCCUCCCCUAGAGACGAACUCGACAUGGACUCUGCAGAAGUGUCGCCCGUGGACAGCCGUGGACGUCGCCAGUGAACGUGUCGAUCGCAGGGGGUUUUUUUUGGAAAAUGCCAAACCAGAAAAGCAGCAAGGGGAAGAAGAGCAAGCGCACCAACAGCAGCGGAGAUGAGCAGGAAAACGGAGCGAGCGCGGCCGCGACCGGAGGCGCAGCCACGGCGGCGCAGCUGGGAGCGACGGCGGCACCUCGGAACGAGUGCGGGAGCGAGGCCCCUUGUGCGACUCCUCUGGUGUGCAGCCUGGGCUGCACCAUCGACCUGGAGAAAGACGACUACCAGCGUGUGCUUUGCAACAGUGAGGUCUGCCCUUAUGGCAACUGGAUGCACCUGCAGUGCUUCUAUGAGUGGGAAAGCUCUAUCCUCGUCCAGUUCAACUGUAUUGGACGUGCACGCUCCUGGAAUGAGAAGCAGUGCCGUCAGAACAUGUGGACCAAGAAAGGUUACGACCUGGCCUUCCGUUUCUGCUCCUGCCGCUGUGGCCAGGGCCACCUGAAAAAAGACACGGACUGGUACCAGGUCAAACGCAUGCAGGAUGAGCGCAAGAAGAAGCCCUCAGAGAGGAGCUUGGCCAGGACUGGGGCCAGUAGUGGAGGUUUGGGCUCUGGAGACGGCCAGCCUGAUGACCUCAAGAAAAGCAAGCCACCCGGGGCAGGAGGAGGUGGUAAAUUAGUCCACAGGGCCUCGAGUCAGGAGCUUCCACCGAGGCAGUCAGUGGACCGCCAGAACUCGACAGAGAGAGGAGGAGGACACAGUACAGGAGUACCCCUUCCUCAGGGACCUCUGCAUAAAUCUCCCUGCGAUUCCCCGGGACAAUCCCCUCCCAUGGGGUUCUCCUUCUACUCACCCGCCGCUACCUUCGGGGUGCCCGGGGGAGGAUUAGGUGGUAGUUCGCGGGUGUCCCGCCACUUAGGGGAAUUCUUUAAAUCAGCUGUCCACAUGGAGACUCAGAGGAAACACCUCCUGGCUAGCGGUGCCCUCAUUCGGAGUGGCAGCUGCUCUCUGGGAGCCUCCGGCGGCGCUGUAGGCGGGCCUGUCAGCUCUCAUCUAGAUGCCGGCUCAGUUUUACCCCUUCCCCUAUCCUUCACCCUCCCACUCCCCCACCGCCUCACCCCCAGUGGCCUGAGUGACGGCAGCCACCCUCACCCAGUGCAGUUCCUAAGGAGGCUGGACCUCUCGGAGCUUCUUGCCCACAUCCCCCGCCACAAGAUCAACACUUACCACGUCCGCAUGGAGGAUGACACCCAUGCCGGCCAGGGAGAGGAGCUACGCAGGUUCAUCCUGUCAGCUCUUAGCGCUAGCCAGCGCAACGUGGUCAACUGUGCCCUGUGCCACCGGGCUCUGCCAGUUUUCGAACAGUUCCCCCUGGUGGAUGGGACACUGUUCCUCAGCCCCUCACGCCAUGACGAAAUGGAGUAUGAUGUUCCCUGCCACCUCCAAGGCAGGCUGAUGCACCUGUACGCCAUCUGUGUGGACUGUCUGGAAGGGGUCCAUAAGAUUGUAUGCAUCAAAUGCAAGUCACGAUGGGACGGGAGCUGGCACCAACUGGGCACCAUGUACACCUACGACAUCCUGGCUGCUUCACCGUGUUGUCAGGCCCGUCUCAACUGCAAGCACUGUGGCAAGCCGGUGGUGGACGUGCGGGUGGGGAUGCAGUACUUCUCUGAAUACAGCAACGUCCAGCAGUGUCCCCACUGCGGCAACCUGGACUACCACUUCGUCAAACCGUUUUCCUCUUACAAAGUACUGGAGGCCUAUUGACAAAUGUGGCGGAUGCAUGCUAGUUCACCUCGGGUCUUUUGUUUUUCACUUUUCUAAUCUCACCUAGGAGACGUUUUGCGAACCUUUUCCUGUCGUUCAAGGUUUUCUUUCUUUUGUAUGUAAAGAGAGGAUGGCUCUAGUUUAAAAAAAAAACAAAACAAACCAAACCCUUCAAAAGCAGUAUCCGAACUUUCAGACGAAGGGGUCGUUUGGCUGUUAAAGGAGGUGGAACUGGCAACCCUGUCAGGCAAACGCAUUUAAUUGUGACAAGUGAAUGUACCUGUACGCCAAACUUGCUUCUUUUUUUUUUUUUCUUCUUCUUCUUUUUUUUAUUCACCAAAAAAUGUGACCAACAAAAUCUUGAAUAAAAAAAAGAGAAUGGUACCUUUUUUUUUUUAUUACUUUUUGAAAGUCUCAGCCUCACCGUGGCCUCGAUUACAAUGAAU